GGAGAUAAUUAAACAAGAACAAGACCUACUGAACUUCCUUGACGAGGCUCUGGAAGGCUUAGGUGACGAUUAUUCAGUCGAAGAUUAUCCACUGACGGAGCAGAACACAUCACCUGCAGAAACGAUGACGAGUGUAGCACCUAUGCCUAUUCCUGUAUGUCAGUUAAAUGGAGAACCGAUGUCGGAAUGCGACGAAGACGUAAAAAGCGACCAGACAUUUACUAAAGAAACGGCGGAGAUGGACAAUUCAAUAGGUGCAGAAAUCCCAAAUCUGUCUUUGAUGCACACUGAUGGUAGCAAGCAGAACCUCAGUGCUUACAUACAGGACAUUAUCCGAGAGGCCCACGAUAAAGUUACCACGGAUGACGCGGAGAUGGCGCCCCUAGCAACGGCGGAGAGCAGCAUUCAGGAUGAGUCAAACCUCACCGGAAUUUGCUUUACAGACGACAGUCCCUCAAAAGAAUCACAAAACGCAACAAAUCAAGAAAACAGAGAAGAAGAAAAUCUCUCAGAAUCUGUAGUAAAAGUACCAGCUCCAGAUAUCCACGUAGAAGAAGCGAUUAUUAACAACAACCAUCACGAAAAAACGCCGUUAGAUGGUGACAUCGACGAAAUAAUUGAAAUCGAGGAUGACAGUUUUGGACAGCAGUCGUUCGUAGAGAUGAAUA